AUGCCCACGUGCAAGACCUACAAGCCGCCGAGGUCGCACCACAGCAUCAACAAGGGGUGCUGCUACCUCAAGUUCGACCACUACUGCGACAUCUUCGACAUCUGCAUUGGGUUCCACAACUACAAGGCAUUUUACCAAUUUCUCAUUAUCAACCUCAUCUCCACUGCCUACUUCAUAACCUUCGUGGGCAGGGACCUGUUUGCGGGCACCACCCGACAAAACGUGCGGAAGGCAAACUAUAUAAUCUCGCUCUCCCUGUUCUUCAUCAUGGGGCUUGUCAACGGCUACUUCUUCGUGUUUCACACCUGGCUCAUAAGCAACAAUGAGACCACCGUCGAGUACAGGGCAAUCAACGCCUACCUCAGAGGAGACUACAGCUACAGCCACGUGUUCCAGGAGGGGCCAAUCAAGGUCUAUAGCACGUCCAGAGACCGGAAAACACUGAAUCCAUACAACCUGGGCCUUAAGAGCAACUGGAUAGAGGUCUUUGGGAGGAGCGCCUUCGAGUGGUUUUCCCCGAAACUUUCGUCGCUGGGCAAACGGGACCUCCUUCAGGGACAAAUGAAAGCGUAUGACAAACGAGGAUGA